AUGGCUCUCUCCAGAGCUCUGGUUCUCGCUUUGGUUGGCUGGGUUACGUUCCUCUGUCUCGAUGCACAAAAAAUCACAACUAUCAACUGUGAUGUGCCACCCAGUACCCUGGUGCUCUCAAGCUUUUUGGAUGGAUAUACAGGUGAUAUAGAAUGGAUCACAGGUAUCCCACCCAACGUGCAUCUGAAAUUGCAAGAGUUUUUAUUCCCUGAACACUUGAAUUAUAUAGAGCUGGUAUAUUUUUCUGGAUCUAGCAAUGCAACUGUGAGGACUACUAUGGCACUGGAUGUUGAGGCUCUUGAGAUUGAUGAGAUAGAGAACGGACGGAACGUAGAAUUGAUAGAUGUAAACGACAAUGCUCCAGAAUUUCAACAAUCUAACUAUAGUGCUUCAGUAUCAGAGGUAGCUGAAAUUAAUUCCACGGUCAUAAAAGUGGAAGCUGAAGAUAAGGACUUUUCACCAGAAUUCAGCCUCCUUACUUACAGUCUUUGGGGCCCAAACUCUGAUUACUUUUCUAUAAGGGAAGGAGAUGGAAACGUCAUGGUGAAAAAAACACUGGAUUACAACAAGGUCAACUUUUUCAAUUUUACAGUCCAAGCAAAGGAAAAAUUUGGAAACCAGAGUGCCACUGCAUCAUUAAUAAUUAACGUGCAAGAUUAUGAUACAUUGAACCCCUAUUUCAGUCAAUCCGUGUACAAUGGGAAUAUCAGCGAAAACCAGGUGGGUCCUCUGACUGUUCUCCCAGAGGUCUUAGCUCAAGAUGGAGACAAAGGUAUAAAUGAAAAAAUAAUUUACAGCAUCAAACUAGUGAACCCCCCAGCCUAUAGCAACAGCUUUUCAAUCAAUGACGCUGGAGUGUUGGAAGUCAAGACCUCAAUUGACAGAGAAAUAUGUCCAAACCUUGUGGUGGGCAUUCAGGCAGCUCAGCAGGACAAAAGUUUCAAAACAGCUGAUGCAAUAGUUCUGGUUACUAUUGGAGAUGAGAAUGACAAUGAUCCAGUACUGUCACAAGCAAGUUACAAUGUCUCACUUCCAGAAAAUUUCCCAAAUGGGAUGGAAGUUCUUCAAGUAACAGCUACUGACCAAGAUGAGGGAGGCUUCCAGGGAACGCUCAGUCUCACUCCAGAGGACAGUCCCUUCCAGCUGAGUCCAGGUGGGAUCCUGACUGUGAGGAACUCCACGCUGCUGGACAGGGAGAGAGUACCCUCUAUUCACCUCCAGGUCACUGCAAGAGAUCAUUUGUCACCUUACAAAAAGGUGAACUCUUCUAUUAACAUAGUGCUGCUGGAUGAAAAUGACAACAGCCCAACCUUUAGAGACACACCGUAUAGACAAGUUAUUUUCCUCAACAUGACUGCAGGAAUGGCCAUUCUUCAGGUUGCUGCUUCAGAUCCAGAUGAUGGCAUAAAUGGAGAGAUAAGCUUCAUCUUAGCUGGUGGCAAUGAAGAUGGACACUUUGAAUUGGAUACAUCCACAGGACAAAUCAGUUUAAAAACAGUAAUCCCAUUAGAAAUCAACCAGCUUAAGAAGUUUGUCUUGUGGAUAACAGCUACUGAUGGUGGGACCGUUCCAAGAAGUUCAUCAGUGCCAGUAGAAAUCUUUGCAGUUGGAGAUUCCAGACCACAGUUUAUUCAAAAAACAUACAAUGUGUCUGUGGAAGAAGAGCUGGUUGCUCCUGUUGAAGUAGCACAAGUCAAGUACAAGGCUUUAAAUCCCCAUAUACCUGUUGUGUUUCGGGUGCUGACGGAAUCCGCUCCAUUUGCCGUUGAUGAUGAGGGAGUCAUCUCAACAAAAACCAAACUGGAUUACGAAUCCCAGAAGAAUUACACUCUCAAUAUUUCCUUGUCAGAUGGAAGCACUGCUGACUAUGCCACGGUGUUUAUCAGAGUUACAGACGUCAAUGAUAACAGCCCUGUGUUUGGUGCAACCAGCACCACCGUUGCCAUCGUGGAGAACAUGCCGGCAGGAACUAACGUCACCAGCGUGUCAGCCACGGAUGUGGAUGAGGGAUUUAACGGAUUAGUGGUUUACACGCUGAAGGGGGGAGAAGGAAAAAUGGACAUUGACAGUUCAGGAUUCAUUUUGCUGCAAAAGGUGCUGGACAGAGAAGAGCAAGGCUUCUAUAACUUAACUGUGAUUGCCACUGACCAAGGCCAACCCGCGCGAUCUACAGCGCUCAACCUGACCAUCGUCGUCGACGACAUGAACGACAACCCCCCGGUCUUCUCAUCAAGCAGGUAUGAAGUGAAGGUCCCUGAAGACCAAGAGCUGGGAAGUGCUCUGCUGACACUAUCUGCUACUGACCGGGAUGCUGGGGCAAACGCCCUCGUGACCUACCAAAUCGUUGACCAGCGACCUCAAACCUCCUCUCCGGUGUUCCUUGUCAACUCAAACACGGGCCAGCUCAGCCUGAACCAGCAGCUGGAUUAUGAAACCAUAAAUGAAUUUGAAGUGAAAGUGGAGGCAUCUGAUGGAGGUCAGCCUACUCUGAGCAAUGAAACCCUUGUAGUUGUUCAUGUAGAAGAUGUCAAUGAUAACCCACCAGAAUUCAGUCAGUCAGUUUAUGAUGUAUUUGUGUUUGAAAACCUUCAGAAGGGGAGUCCUGUCUACACAUUCAGUGUUGCUGACAAGGACGAGGCUGGCUUUUCUCAGGGAUACUUUAUUCUCAACAGCAGUUCAUUUACUGUGGAUAUCCCUGGAACACUUUCAUUAAGGAAUGACACAGAACUGGACAGGGAGACUACACCCGGAUUCAUUUUACAAGUGUGGGCGGUUGAUGACGUAAUAAAUGGACUUAGUUCAAGUGCCUUGUUCCACAUCACUGUUCUGGAUGUCAAUGAUAACAACCCCGAGUUUCAGAAUCAGCCAUACAAUUUCGAGGUUCUGGAAGGGGAAUACAUGUUGAACAAUGCCACUAGAGUUGGACAAGUCACUGCUACUGAUUUGGAUGAGGGAGAGAAUGCACGGAUUACUUACUACUUGUCACCUGAGGAUGGGGAUAAUCCAUACAGCAUCCAGGAGGAUGGAACCAUUUUGGUUACUGGCUCUGUAGACCGAGAGCGUAAAGACAAGUAUGAGCUGCUCCUGGUGGCAUCUGAUAACGGAGUGCCUCUAAGGCAGAACUUCACACAUGUCAGCAUCCAAGUGUUAGAUGUGAACGACAACCCUCCUCAGUUCACAAGGGCACAGUAUUCAGCCAGCGUCCAUGUGGCAGCAGCAAAGGAAGGGGAGUUUGUCCUGUCAGUGUCUGCCACUGACCUCGACCUUGGGAACAACGCUGUCAUCUCGUACAGCCUCAUGAACGAUUCUGAUGAUUUCCAUAUAAAUAAUGGCACUGGAGAAAUCACCCUCAGCAGUAACCUGGACCACAUCACAACCGACACAGUUGUUACACUGACAGUCAUUGCCACUGAUCAUGGAGUUCCUCAGCUUAGCUCAAGUGCCUCUGUUACUCUCUACUUGCUGGUAAAUGACACCAGCUUUGGGCUGACUUUUGAGAGCUCCAGCUACGAGUUCAGCAUUGAGGAAAACAAAGCCCCAGGGACUGCAGUGGGCUCUGUGAAGGCUCUGACUGGAAGCAUAGCUGUGCAGGUUGGGUACUCCCUGAAAUCCCACUGGGACAAGUUCUCCAUCGGGGACCAAGGAGACAUCGUGGCCCUUGUCCGGCUGGAUCGGGAAGAAGGAGACCUGUACAGCAUCCUUGUGGAAGCUGUGGAUUCUCUGGUGCCACCCAACACAGCUGUUGCUUUGGUAACUGUGAGAGUUGAAGACAUCAACGACAACCCUCCAGUUUUCUCUGCAUGGAUCCAAACUCAUUUAUCAGCUCCUGAGAAUGCAGCUGGUCUAGACUUGGGCACAUUUUCUGCUACUGAUCUGGAUACAGGAGAUAAUGCACUUAUCAGCUACUCUCUGCAAGAUGAUUUUGCUGGAACAUUCCAUAUUAACAGUUCUACUGGCAAGCUGAUGACAAAAACCUCCUUAGACAGGGAAGUGAUGGACAGUUACGAAUUGAAAAUAAUGGCCACUGAUUCUGGCAAGCCACCACAAUCUGCAAGCCUAGUUGUGAGCAUCAGUGUGGAAGAUGUGAAUGACAACCCACCAGUGUUCCCCCAAAGAACCUACUCCGUGACCGUGAGGGAGAAUGAGCCUCCACGUGUGAUUUUGAGUGCAGUGGCCACAGAUGCAGAUGUAGGGUACAAUGCCAUCAUUCAUUACACCAUAACUGGAGAGACGGCUUCAUUUCAUGUUGGAGAACUUUCUGGAGAUAUUGCAACCCUUCAACCUCUGGAUUAUGAAAGUCAUUCCCAGUAUAUGUUUAUUCUGAAAGCUUUCAAUCCUGGAGAGCCACAUCUCCAGGACACAGCAAACAUUACAGUUACUGUGGAAGAUGUCAAUGAAGAAGGACCCGUGUUUGACCAAUCCUCUUAUUACAAAAUGCUCCUAGACAGUUCUACAGCUGGCACACUAGUAGUAGACAUCAAUGCAAGAGAUGAAGGCAAGGGUUACGAUGAAGGCAUUUUCUACAAUAUUUCAGGUGGAAACUCAGAAGGCCUCUUUAGUCUUUCCAGUACUACAGGAGAACUCAGGUUAACAAGAGACUUAUCCAAACAAACUUCUCCCCUGUAUUACUCCUUGAACGUCACCGCUACAGAUUCGGGUCUGCCGCCUCUUUCAACCUCUGUAAAGGUGUCAGUUGUGAUUGCUCCCAUGGAUGUGUCCUUCCCAGUGUUCCUGGAAGAAGCCUAUCACCCUGCCCCUCUGUCAGAGCAGAGCCCUGCAGAUACGUUUGUUGUAGAGGUUCGUGCCUUUUACAAGCUGCCUGUGAACUACAGCAUCGCCUCUGGAGAUGAGAAGGGUUAUUUUAUUAUCUAUUCAUCCACUGGUAUCAUAAGAACAACUAAGACUCUAGAACUGGAAGAUUUUCCAGUAAAUUUCAAGGUACGAGCAACAGACUCAUCUAAUGCUGCCAUAUUUAAUGAAGUUGAAGUGAAAGUGGAAGUUAUUGAUGAAAACAAUUUCCCGCCGGUUUUCCCGUCUUCUCUACUAGAAGAGAGUUUGCCAGAGCAUUCCCCUGCUACCCAGAUUGUGCAGCUGAAAGCUCAGGACAAUGACACAGGGAGAAAUGGUUUCCUGACAUAUGGCAUUCUCAAUGGACAUGGACUAAAAUUCAGGAUAGAUGAAACAACUGGAAUCCUUUAUUCCACGGCCCCCUUUGAUUAUGAAGAGGAACCCACAGAAUACCAGGUUGUGGUGUAUGCUGAAGAUGACGGAAUCCCCGAGAAGAAGAGGGGUUACUGCACAGUUGUGAUAAAGAUCACUGAUAUUAAUGACUGGCCGCCUGUGUUUGAUCCAGUGCCUGAUUUCAGUGUCCAAGAAAACGUGCCUGUGGGAUUCAUAGUUGGAAAAAUCACAGCAUCAGACAGAGACACAGGAGACAAUGCCUUUGUUCUGUAUAACCUCACAGGUGAUGGAGAAAAUAUAUUUGAAAUAGAUGAAAUACAGGGCAUCAUUAAGAUAAGGAAGUCUCCAGACUAUGAAACCAUGAAUAAAUACAACCUUACAGUGACUGCAGUCAACAAUAAAUCUGCCCCUUUCUACCAGGCAGCCACCCACGUGGGUGUUGCAGUGAUUGAUGUGAAUGAUAAUGCCCCAGUGUUUGCCCAGAGCUCCUAUUCUGCUUCCAUAAACAUGGUGAAUCCUGUGGGCGCUCCUGUUCUCACCGUGAGCGCCACCGACCGCGACCAGGGGCAAAAUGGCCUUAUUGAGUAUUACAUCCUCCCGGAUCCCACCGUGAGCCCGUUCUUCCUGAUAGAGGAUGUGAGUGAGGGGAAGAUAAUUACAACUGGAAACCUGUCUAGAUCUGGAGAGAUGCAUUUAACAGUGAUGGCAAAGGACAAAGGUUCUCCUCCUUUAAAUGGCACCACUGUGGUUACUCUGAGUGUGUUUGACAACCGCCCAUUCGUUCCUCGCUUCAACGCAAGUGAGAUCAGGUGAGGCGUUCAUACUGAGUUAAAGAACUGGGAUGUGCUCACCAGGGAGUGCAAAGCAUAGCAAAGCUGAAGGUCAUUUUCAUAUUUUUCCAUGCAGAAGAAAGGACAUCAGUUUUAGGGGUUUUUUUUUAAAGCAGAACAUAGCAAAUUCUGCUACACUUGGGGUUCUGUGAAUGUGAGUUGACACAUUGCCUUUUAUUUCUCUGUUUGCAGCUUUUAUAAGCCAGACUCUUGGUCCCUUUUCUCUUGAACACUAUAAAAUAUUUUCCUUAUAUUUUAC